AUGAUGAUGCUUCGCCGCAUCGCAUUCCUCGUCGCGCUCGUCGCCAUCCCGACCAGCGGCAACCGCUUCGCGCAGCUCCUCGAGCGGCUCGUGGGCGGCGGCCUCGAGGAGAAGAAGCGGGCGCCGCAGGUGUCGCCGCUCACGUCGGACGACGUCGCGCACUACUUCAGGACCGGCGACCUCGACGAGCUCUGCUGGGCGCUGCGGGACUACUUCUCGCGGACGUCGCGGCAGCUCGGCCCGGUCGACGGCUUGCUCCCGCUGCGGGAGGCGCUCGUCGCCAAGGGCGCGGGCAACACCUACGCGUCGGCGUACAAGCUGGACCACGACAUCGAGCAGCUCGAGUACGUCGCGAAGCGCAACGCGACCGUGAGGGCGUGGCUCGACGAGCACGACGUGCUCGGCCGGUUCCGCCGCGUGCGCGCGAGGAUCCCGCCGCUCGAGGCGCUCGGGCGGACGCGGGGCCUCUGGGGUUUCCGGCCCGACGACGUCGAGGACAUCGGCGCCUACUACAACCGCGCGAUCCACGUGCCGGACCCGGAGCCGCUCGGCCAGUACCUGCAGGUCAUGUCCUUCGAGGGAGCGGACGCGAACUUCGCCAAAGGAAAACCGGUCGUCAUCGACGACGCGCUGACGCCGGCGGCCCUGGACCAGAUCCGGUCCCUGCUGCUGGAGUCGACGGUCUUCUACGAGACGAAGAUGCCCGAGCAGUUCGGCGGCUACGUCGGCGCGAUCGUCGAGGACGGCCUGCACGCGCGCGCGCUCCUCGAGCUCGCGAGCGCGCUCCAGAGGGCCAUGCCCGAGACCUUCAGGGACCGGCCCCUGGCCUACCUCUGGUGCUACAAGUACGACUCGGACUACGGCGGCAUCAAGGUCCACGCGGACGAGGCCGCCGUCAACGUCAACGUGUGGCUCACGCCCGACGACGCGAACCUCGACCCGGCCGGCGGCGGCUUGGUCAUCUACACGGCCAAGCCCGGCGCGGCGGCCUCCGCCGAGGAGUACAACUCGCGCGGCGACGAGUUCGCCAGGGAGCUCCUCGAGGCGACGGACUACGCGAACGUCACGGUCCCCUACAAACAGAACCGCAUCGUCAUCUUCGACUCCGCGCUCUACCACAAGACCGACGACUUCACGUUCAAGCCGGGCUACGAGAACCGCCGCAUCAACCUCACCUUCCUCUUCGGCAAGAUGCGCCGGGGCGACGGCGAACUCUAA